CGCUGUGGCGGCGGCAACAUGGCGGACGUGUUAAGUGUCGGCGUGAACCUGGAAGCCUUUGCCCAGGCCAUCAGUGCCAUCCAGGCGCUGCGCUCCAGCGUGAGCAGGGUGUUCGACUGCCUGAAGGAUGGCAUGCGGAACAAGGAGACGCUGGAGGGCCGGGAGAAGGCCUUCAUUGCGCACUUCCAGGACAACUUGCAUUCGGUCAACCGGGACCUCAAUGAGCUGGAACGUCUGAGCAACUUGGUCGGCAAGCCUUCUGAGAACCAUCCUCUCCAUAACAGUGGGCUGUUGAGUCUGGAUCCCGUGCAGGACAAAACCCCUCUCUACAGUCAGCUCCUUCAGGCAUAUAAAUGGUCAAACAAGUUGCAGUACCAUGCAGGUCUGGCAUCUGGCCUUUUGAAUCAACAGUCGUUGAAACGUUCUGCUAACCAGAUGGGAGUAUCUGCUAAACGUAGACCAAAGGCUCAACCCACGACUCUUGUCUUACCGCCUCAAUAUGUUGACGACGUGAUUAGCCGCAUUGACAGGAUGUUCCCUGAAAUGUCCAUCCACUUAUCCAGACCCAAUGGGACGUCUGCCAUGCUUCUCGUGACCUUGGGAAAGGUGUUGAAAGUGAUUGUCGUCAUGCGGAGCCUAUUCAUUGAUCGAACGAUAGUAAAGGGGUAUAACGAAAACGUCUACACAGAAGAUGGCAAGAGCGUAAAGAGCAUUCUGCCAGAGAUACCCACCCAGAUACACCCUGGUCACUUCCUGACACUAAGCCUCCAUCUUCACCUCUCCCUGGAGCUUUCCCUUCUCUUCAUGAAUCCCAUUAAAAUUUAAAAGUUUGGGGCUUCCCUGGUGGCGCAGUGGUUAAGAAUCCGCCUGCCAAUGCAGGGGACACGGGUUCGAGCCCUAGCCCGGGAGGAUCCCACGUGCCGCGGAGCAACUAAGCCUGUGCGCCGCAACUACUGAGCCUGCGCUCUAGAGCCCACAUGCCACAGCUACUGAGCCUGCAUGCCACAACUACUGAAGCCUGCGCGCCUAGAGCCCGUGCUCCGCAAUAAGAGAAGCCACUGCAAUGAGAAGCCCGUGCACCUCAACGAAGAGUAGGCCCCGCUCGCUGCAACCAGAGAAAGCCUGCGCGCAGCAACGAAGACCCAACGCAGCCAAAAAUAAAAAUAAAUAAAAUAAAUAAACUAAAAAAAAAAAAAUUUAAAAGUUUGUUAGUACCAGCACUUACCACCCAACGGCCACGUUAUAAUGAGGAUAGAAUGUUCUCCAAAAACAGGUGACCAAUGUAGCUUAGCACAUAACAGUGUGUAAUAUAAAAGGUGUGACCCGUAAAGUGGGUCAGUAUUUUGGGUUUGUAAAGUGGGUUUGUAUUUUGAACAAGUAACCCAGCAUUUUGAAUUUCCACAUUCCACUUGAGUGUUGUCACCAUGGGAAGCUACUCUUACUCCCAGGGCCCUGCAGAGUUCUCAUAAAUCUCCCCAUUGAGAGAAAAGCAUUCCUCCAGGGAAGCUUUCCUUUUUCUUUUUGGAAAAACCAAAAUGUCUUUGGAGCAA